UACAAGAUGUGGCUCCUCUACCUACCAACCGCCCUAAUCUUCGCCUACUUCCUGUACAACCGCUAUUUCCAUCCUCUCCAUAAAAUUCCCGGCCCCUUCCUCGCUAGCAUAACCCCCCUAUGGCUCGUCUACCAAUGCUACCACCGCCGUCGUCCCCGUCUCGACAUGGAACUCCACAAAGCCUACGGCAGCAUCGUCCGAAUCUCACCCAACGAAAUCAUGUUCAGCAACCCCGACCACUUCCGCGAAGUCUACGGAGCCGGAACCAAGUUCACCAAGUCAAGAUUCUACGAAGCACCAACCGACCCUGUCCAAGAAGCAGGCUGGGAAAAACUCGACAUGCUCGUAGAAAAAGACAUCGAGAAAUUGCGAGUGCAGAAAAGAUUCGCUGGCCCAAUAUACUCCAUCUCAAACGCUCUCAAACAUGAACAUCUCAUCGAUAACAACAUCCUUCGCUCCUUACAACGCUUUCGAACCCUCUCUUCUAGCAAGAGUGUGGAUAUCUAUUCCGAAUUCGAAAUUCUCAACGUGGACAUCAUGUCGGAAUUCACGUUUGGGAAAGCUUAUGGCGCUGUGGAAAAAGGUAGUGAUGAUGGACACAUGGCGAGUAUGGAUUCCAUGUGGGCUUGGUGGGGAUGGAUCGGUUUCCUGCCUUGGUUGAAUGAGAUUGAUAAGAUUUAUUCGCCUUGGGCGAGUAUGAUUUUCGGCGGGAGCGCGGAGAAGAAGUUUCCUGUUUUUUCUUACGCCAUCUCGCAAAUCACAGCGUACGAAACCGCCUCUGCAUCAGGACAAAAGGUUCCAGUACCUUGUUUACUCGACGAUCUCCGAACCCUUUCCCGCACCCGUCCGGAAUUCAAAGAUAAUUGGGGUAUGAGGCUCGCCCUCACAGAUUUGGGGGCCGGAGUCGAUACCAUGUCUUGGACAUUAUCAGCAUUCAUCGUGGGCAUCGCACAAAACCCCUCCGUCUACCAAAAACUGAAAUCCGAACUCGACUCUUCCGGUCUCAACAGCAAAGACGCAACACCCGUUCCCUACGAAACAGCCGCAUCGCUUCCAUAUUUCCAAGCCUGUCUUCACGAAUGUCAAAGAAUGUGGCCGAACAUCGCCGUUUCGAUCCCGAGGGACGUUCCUGCUGGUGGGAUUGAGAUUGAUGGGUAUUUCAUCCCCGAAGGUUAUACUGUGGGGAUGAAUAGUAAAGUUCUGGGAUGGAGUGGCGAAGUGUUUGGACGGGAGCCUGAGCGAUUUCGGCCUGAGAGAUGGUUGGAGGCGGAUAAAGCGCAGAGGGACUCGAUGGAGAAUAAGAAUUUGUCGUUUGGAGGGAGUGCGAGGAAGUGUCCUGGUAUGCAUGUGGCGUGGGUUUGUAUGAGUAAGGUUUUGGCGAGCUUGUAUGCCAAUUUUGAGGUCAAGUUGUUGAAUGAGCUGGAUGGGAAGCCUGGACCUGCAGGACAUGUCUGGCGGGAGCAUGGGAGCUUUCCGACCAAGUGGCAUGGAUUGGAAGUAGAGCUUAUAGCUCGGUAGGAUAGACAAUUGCAUCAAUGGAUACCGUAUUCCAUAC